AUGGCAUUUCGCGCACCUCUGGGCGCUUAUGGGGUGGGCAGGCCCACGAGAUCUUUCUCUGCGGCCAUUCGCUUCAUCCUUGUAGCUGCUUGCAUUACACUCGUGCUUCUGUCUUGCGGUCUCUACUACGGCCCCCAGGUUGAUACACUGCAGAGGAUAACGGCAAAGCUUCAGCACACCGAACCAACAGCUGAAUCCGAGCUCCUCGAAGCCGUCAAAAAAUACGACCUCUUCAUCGGUAAUCACACCGCUGCCGAGCUCCAUCCAAUUGAUCGCCUCAUCGCCAGCUCCCGAAAAAAGCAAGAAGAUGUGUUCAAAGAGCAGAGCCACCACGUCGACGUGGCUGCGGCCAUGUAUCGAGAGCGUCGCGGUCGCCACCCACCGCCCGGCUUCGACAAGUGGAUGGCUUACGCCAAGGAGCACAAUGCCAUCGUCGUCGAACAUUUCUUCGAUCGCAUCUACCUCGAUCUGGCGCCCUUCUGGGCGCUCGACCCCAAAAUGACCGCCGCGAGGGCCGAGUCCUGGCACCACGUCGUGCGCGUGCGAAACGGCUCGGUCCAGGGCAUCGGCAAUACGGACGGCCUCGUCGCCUGGCUGCAGCUCUGGACAGCGCUGGUGGCUGAGGCCGCACCACAUCUGCCAGAUGUCGACAUGCCAAUCAAUUACAUGGACGAGCCUCGGCUGCUGGUCGGAUGGGAAGACAUUGCCGCUUACGUGGCCAAAGAAGAGAAGGGCCGCGCUGUGGUUCCGAUGAAGGACGUUAUCCAGAAUUACACUGGAUUGGCUGAUAUCGAUGCCCAAGGUGGAGGAAACGGCAGUCGUGCUUACGAUCCAGACUGGAUUCGCUCAGACUCGCCCCGCUAUUGGGACUUGGCGCAAAAAGCGUGUCCACCAGGCAGCCCCAGUCGUGAUGUCCCUGCGCUCUCGGACUUUUCCCACUCCCCCAGCUUGCCUCACAAUUGGAAGCCGUCGUUCUCGGAGAAUGGAUAUGUCAAGAACUUUUCAGCUGCCGCCGAUGUGUGCUCUCAGCCGCACAUUCGGUACCUGCAUGGUUCCUUCGUGGAACCGGUAUCUAUAUCGACAUCGACGGAGCUUAUUCCGCUGUUUGGCGGCUGCAAGCUCACAAGGAACAAUGAGAUCCUGAUUCCGGGUGCUAUGUACCUUACGGACGACCCCUUCUACUCAGGCGGCGAGGAUCGCGGGCCACCGUGGGCGCAAAAAAACACUACCAUCGUCUGGCGGGGCGCUGCCUCGGGCGGCCGCAACAAAAAAGAGAACUGGACGCACUUUCAGCGUCAUCGCAUGCUUGAAAUGCUGAACGGCACUACGGUAUCGCGUCUGGAGAAGAACAACAUCGACGCGAUGACCUUCGAGAUGGCGUCUCCGGAGAUGUACAAUUUCCCCAGACGCCUUAACGGCACUAUCGGGGAGGUGCUACAAAGAGUUUCCGACACCGGGUUUACCGACCUGCUCUGCUAUCCCCAAGGGGAAUGCGACUACAUUACGCCGCAUGCCCAUGUCGUACCGAACAAGCCCAUGAGGGAGCAGUAUGGGGACAAGUUCAUCCCGGAUGCAGAUGGCAACAGUUUUAGCGCGCGCUUCCGCAGCCUGCUACUGUCGACCAGUCUGCCGCUGAAGGCCACCAUCUACGCGGAAUGGCACGACGACCGACUGCAGCCCUGGCAGCAUUUCGUGCCACUCGACAACACUUUCCAAGAGCUGCAUGCCGUCUUGGAUUAUUUUCUCAGCUCGGAAAAGGGCGACGCCGCCGCACACAUGAUCGCGUCCGCUGGAAAGCGCUGGGCAGAACAGGUCUUGCGCCGGGAAGACAUGCUGCUGUAUGUUUGGCGUCUGCUGCUCGAAUUUGCUCGCGUGUGCGAUAUCAAUCGGGAUCGCCUAGGCUUCAUCGACGACCUCAAAUGA